AACGCCUCCUCUUCGUCCACAAAUUACCGAUCGAAAAUGGAACUAAUUUUAUAUUACUGACCAUACAUGAACAGGGAUGGUCAAGGAACAUACAGAUGACUAUAUAAUCAAGUAUCAUGCGAAAGGGUUGGAGAGUGACCCAAUUGAAAUUGACUUCACUCCUCCCUUCAGACGGAUUGAUAUGGUAGAGGAAUUGGAGAAGAUUGCAAACUUGAAUAUACUCAAGGAUCUCUCAAGUGACGAUACCAACAAAUAUCUUAUAGAUGCUUGUGCGAAGUUUGAGAUCAGAUGUGCUCUAUCUCUAACAACAACUAGAUUACUUGAUAAAGUAAAAUUUCUUUCAGAUAUCUUCCGGAUAGCCAAUAUUUACAUAUGCAAAGCUUCAAAAGUGACAAUGGCGGCUCCAAUUUUGUUUUUACAGUGAAAGGGUGAAAGGGUU